ACAGCACAUCAUCAUCUGUGACUCAACUGCUUACGGUCUAAUUCCUCAUACGACUACACUACUGUGAAGCUACGUGUAUGAUACGCUAGGAUGUGGAACACCUGCCUCACUGGAGUUCGCUCAGGGCGCACGGGGCGCACACAAAGCUUUAGAAUUAUCGGAGGAGUUUAAUGUAGUGAUUAUUGGUCUUUCUUGUGCACGGACUGUUGAUUGAGACAAACUGGAUUGUUCCUUUUUAUAGUUCAAAAUCACCUUUUCAUCGUUUUACUUCACAUUUUAAAGCGUGGGGGCUGCUCCGGCUUCUGUCUCGAAAGCAUGGGAAAAGAAGAAGGAGGAAAGAGUUUCUUCUAAAUCACUGGAAUCAAGCCACCACAUGGACUGUGAACAAUGGAGCAACAAGACCAAAACCUCUGGCAUCCCUUUUCAUCCGAGCUCAACUCCUCUACAUCCUCACCUAUCCUCUUCUCUUAUCCUCGCCUUUUCAACAUCUCCUCCAACAUUUCCACUCAGAGUGUCCCCUUUCAGGGCAGCAGCACUCUGAUGACCGCAGUCAUAUCCCUCACAGUCUUCGUGGUGGGUCUGACCGGCAACACUUUGGCGAUCUAUGUGGUGCUGCGCUAUGCCAAAAUGAAAACAGUCACCAAUAUCUACAUCCUGAACCUGGCUAUGGCUGAUGAGCUGUACAUCGUCGGGCUCCCCUUUCUUACCACACAGAAUGUACUCUCCUAUUGGCCCUUUGGCUCUUUCCUGUGCCGCGUGGUCAUGACUGCAGACUCCAUGAACCAGUUUACGUCUAUCUUCUGUCUCACAGUAAUGUCGAUUGACCGUUACCUGGCUGUGGUUCAUCCAAUCCGCAGCACCAAGUGGAGACACCCCCGCAUAGCGAAGGUAGUGAGCGCAGCUGUGUGGGCCGUUUCCUUUGUGGUGGUCCUGCCAGUGGUCAUCUUCUCUGAUGUGCAGGAUACAUUUAACUCCUGCAACAUGAUCUGGCCAGAGCCGAAGGAUGUGUGGUCAACAGCCUUCAUUCUCUACACUGCCACAGUGGGUUUCUUUGGACCACUGCUCAUCAUUUGCCUCUGUUACCUUCUUAUUGUCAUCAAGGUGAAGUCCUCUGGGGCACGGGUUGGUUUCUCUAAACGCCGACGCUCAGAGCGCAAAGUGACCCGAAUGGUGGUGGUGAUUGUGGUGGUGUUUGUGCUCUGCUGGCUGCCGUUCUUCAUCAUCAAUAUGGUCAAUCUGGUGGUCAUCAUCCCGGAGUCCAGUGCCACUGCUGGCAUCUACUUCUUUGCUGUCAUCUUGUCUUAUGCCAACUCAUGUGCCAAUCCGUUUCUCUAUGGUUUCCUAUCAGACAACUUUAAACAGAGCUUCAGAAAAGUGCUGUGUGUGAGGACCAUGAGGUGCGUUGCCAAUGAUGUAGAUGAUGGUGACCCCAGUGUCCCGCGCACUGAGAAAACCACAGCACAAGACUGCAUCCUGCUGUCCCCGCGUAACCAGGUCUAUCACGAUCCCCAGAGCAGCCAGAUCUCACCUCACCCGCCGGGCUCACCAACGACUCACACUGCAGCAGACCUGCACCGCUCCACCCCUGCAUGUAAGUUUCAGUCCACUUACCCAGGAACCGGACCGGCCACUACCACAGCAGCCUCGAUGCUAAACUCUGUUGUAACUGCAGCUGAACCUCCCACAGUCACUGCCCUGACCACUAGCUCCUCCUCUGGUUAAUUAGGGCCACAUGAACAGUAGCAGAGAAACUCACACAUGAACUGAGAAAGAAAAACAUAUUUUAAGGAUUAAGUGAUCAAAGUGGCAAAAUCGAUGCUUUUCUGCCUUUUUGUCAACUAUUUUAUUAAUACCACACACACUUAUUCUACAUCCAUUAUAGCACAUUGGUGGAAAAAAAAAAUCACAACAUUUUUGUUUAUCAAGACCAAUUUUGUUCCUUUCAGCAGCCUGACAUAAGUGCCUUUCCAGCUAUAAUCAACACAGCUCCUAAAAUAAACAUUUACACCUUACUCCUUACAUUUUAGGUUGGUCAUGUAACACUGAAGAAUGUAUUUACCUAUCAGAACCAAAAAGCCUCUUAGGACUUAUUUCAUUCGGUGGAUGUAAUUUCCUGCAGGUAGCAAAUAUGAGGGGUUUAUUUGGGCAUUAUAGGGUCCUCUCUACAACAGCUUUAAUCAAACAGCGCAGUAAUUCAUCAUAUUUUCUCAUUUCCGACUGCUGCUUAUUUCUGCUUUCUUACUUAAGUGGAUAAAUUGUGAUGAUUGAAUCCGACGUCUGUAUUUGCUUUGCGUAAAAGUCUUUUGUGAUCUCAUUUGCGUACCAUUGAGAAGUUUAAAAGAAAAAGGAAACAAAAUGAAAAACGGCUUGCUUGUCUUUUCUCAAAGUAAAUGUGAUGCUUUGGCAGCUCUAUGCUUCUCUGUAAAUAUGUAGCCCCCCUUAAAGCUAAAACGCCUGACAUUUUUGGAUAUAUGCUUCUUGC